AUGGCACUUGCCCCGAGAUUCACUGGACAGAAGUUGAUACCUCUUGGCGGUCAUCAGCAACAACAUACGCUUGAACUGUAUCUCGACUACGUUUGCCCUUACUCCGCGAAGCUAUUCAAGACCUUUUACACUGCGGCCCGGCCCAUAAUCACCGAAAGAUAUCAGUCACGCCUCCAGGUUAUCUUCCGCCAGCACAUUCAACCAUGGCAUCCGGCAUCAACACUCACGCACGAAGCUGGCGCCGCGGUUCUCAAGAUAGCCCCAGAUAAAUUCUGGAAGUUCAGUGCGGCCUUGUUCGAACACCAACAAGAAUUUUUCGAUCUGAAUGUAGUCAACGAAACCCGCAAUCAAACGUAUGAAAGGCUUGCAAAAGUCGCAGAAAGUGUUGGCAUAGAUAAGAACAACAUUUUGGAACUGUUGAUAGUUGCCGACCGAACUGGCCAGGAAGGACAAUUGAACACCGGCAAUGAGGUCACGAAUGAUAUCAAGUUAAUGGUCAAAGCAGGCCGAGUGGUUGGUGUUCAUGUUUCGCCAACAGCGUAUUUCAAUGGUAUUGAAGAAUCGGGAAUCAGCAGCAGCUUCACUCCUACUCAAUGGGAGCAAUGGCUGGCCAAAAAUGCAAUUUGA